CGAGUGGGAGAUUCGAAUGUUAACUGUAGGGUUAUUGCUAUUUGCAGAUGCAAUUUUUUGGUUUGAUAUUACAAAACAAUUGAUUAUAACAAAACUUUACUUUUAAAUUUUGUUGCGAUAUUUCCCGCUUCGCUGUUUAUCGCUGAAAAUCACUUUCUUGUUGUUGCUCUUGUCGGAGUGGACCGUUGUCAUUACCUAGCAAGCUAACUGUUGUUAGCUAAGAAUGUAGCUGGCAAAACAUGAUAGCAUACACUUUUUAAUGUUUGGUAACGUCUAACAAAACCACAAAGUCCACUGAUAUCAGAGAAGACACAGGAACGUGUGUGUGAAGAUGGCCACAGCCAGUAAGACCCCUCCCGGUGCAGACCCCAAGCAGCUGGAGCGCACGGGCACUGUGAGGGAAAUCGGGUCCCAGGCCGUGUGGUCGCUUUCGUCCUGCAAGCCCGGUUUCGGGGUGGACCAGCUACGUGAUGACAACCUGGAGACCUAUUGGCAGUCUGACGGCUCGCAGCCACACCUGGUCAACAUUCAGUUCAGACGAAAAACCACAGUGAAGAUGCUUUGCAUAUAUGCUGAUUACAAGUCAGACGAGAGCUACACACCCAGUAAAAUCUCUGUGCGAGUUGGAAACAAUUUUCAUAACUUACAAGAGAUCCGGCAGCUGGAGAUGGUGGAGCCCAGCGGCUGGACCCACAUCCCCCUGCUGGACCUGCUGAACCGGCCCAUCCGCACCUUCAUGAUCCAGAUCGCCGUGCUGGCCAACCACCAGAACGGCCGCGACACGCACAUGCGCCAGAUCAAGGUCUACACGCCCGUGGAGGAGAGCUCCAUCGGCAAGUUCCCACGAUGCACCACUGUGGACUUCAUGAUGUACCGCACCAUUAGAUGAUGCCCCCUCCCGCUUUCUUGCCUAAAUCUGUCAGUUCCUUGUUUGAUUCAUCUCUUACCCACCUGUGCCAUUUCAGUCUGGACUGACCGCCCAAACCCGCCUGCAUUAACUGCUUUUAUUUUUAAAAGGCCAUGAUUUUCACAAGUUUGUAUGUGUGGAUUAAACUGAGUUCUGAGCUC